CCAAUUGGCAAACACAAAUAAAAUAACUUCAAAUUGCAAAUCGCAAUGCCAUAAAAUGCCAUGGAAGAGCAUAUAUAAUCGAUCAGAAUGGCUGCGAGAAAUGGCCGAACGGGCACCACUCAACUUAAAGAAAGAGCCACAGGAAGAAGUGCAAAACGAAAUGGAAAAUGUGAUCCGCGUAAAAAAGAAAUCGUCGGCAGUGGCAAAGCGAAUUAAAAAGGAGCCAACAGAUAUAAAAAAGGAGGCAGUUCCAAAAACUAGAAAAAGAAAGGCCACAGAAAAGAAUGCAGCGGCAGCGGCAGCAGUUUCAAAAAACAUAAAAAAGGAGCCUGCGCAGACAGUUUUAAAAACUAGAGUAAGGAACGCAGCGGCGAAAGCCGAGCCCCCCGAUGAGGCGCCAAAACAAGAGACACAGUCGAGCAUCUCGAGUCCAAGGCGAAAGAGGAAUCGGAACACCCGCAACCAGGAAAACUGGAUACCCAAUUCGCGCGCCUUCUCCGCGGGCGUGGUGGAUGAUAUUAUGUCCAGGCUACAUAAUAAUCUGAAUGAUCUGACGCGCACCGAGCUCAGGUCACUGAAGCAGGUGCAGGCGCUUUGGGAGCAGAAAUUCAAUGUGGAGGAACGAAAGCCCGAGUCCAAUCGAACAUCGUCGCCACCGCCGAAACGCAAAUACAAACCGACGCAAAAGAAGACACCCAAGGGCAAGAAGGUCUGGAAGCCGGCCAAAGAGCGGGGCAGCCUCUAUGAAGAUGUGGAAAGGGGUGUCAACUACUGGCAUUGGGAUGAUCUGGAAGACAAUGAAAUCGUUGAGAAUCGUAUUUGCGUACCGCCCCUGAAGAACAAGUUUGGCUGCCGUCGGUUCGAUAUUAUGAUGCCAGCGUUUGCCAUGAAGCGGAAUUUGGUCCAGCCGCUGUUCAAUAUGGAGCUGCUGGAGAGGAUUAUGUCGCCGCCACUGGAGGAGGGCACGAAACUAUUGCAGCAAGUCGUCGAUGAGAUGCUCCUUCAGUAUCAGCAGGGACUAACAUAGUCCCAUUGUUAAUUUCCUU